GAAUAUGCAAUUCGAUUUCAUUAAACAUAUCAAAAGAACGUGAACUUGAAUGAAUUUUUUGCAAAAUAUUUCAUUCGGAAGUUUUUUUUUUCUGUACAAUUAGCGAAAUGGGAUUUUUAUUUGAACAAGCUUCAGGAAGAUCAAGUGGAUAUCCCGAUAUCAAAGCAAUCGACGUUGGAAAAACCGAUGAUGCCACGGCUGUUACGAAAAUGAACAUCAGUAUUGUCACGCACUAAUAAUCAGCAUCAGGUGAUAAAGGCACCAAUUUUUAUCUUUAAUCAGCAACUAAAUGAUAAAAUGGUGUCAUUAUGGACCGAGUGUAUCAUAUAUUUCAAUCAUUUUCACAAUAUUUUGUCUACUAAUCUCGCCAAGAAUAGAUAGAGUUGAUAUGAUGGGUAGUAUAAGAACUCAUCAUUGUCACUUGAUUUGAUCAUCUGCUCAUUACAGCAUAAUUCUCAGUUCCACCUCAAGCAAUGAUUGUGUUGAGCCUUCUUGUGGGUUGGUUGGCGUUGGUUGAGGGUGCAAGUUUGUCUGCACGAGUAAUCGGUGGAUUAGACGCUCCGGACCAUAAGUAUCCUUAUAUGGUAUCUCUGCGCCGACGAUACCCUUCAGGACGGCCAGAUUUUCAUUUUUGUGGUGGUGCAAUUCUUGAUAAACAUUGGAUCCUGACUGCUGCUCACUGCGUACAGGGAAAUUUGAGUAUUGCAUACGCCGUUGCUGGAACUAAUUAUCUGUCUGAUGCUGGUGAAAGCUAUAAGGUUUGGUUUAAAAUCACCCACCCAGAUUAUAAUAAUUUUCUUCAUGAUGACAUUGCACUGGUGCGCAUUAAGGGAAGCAUUGAAUUUAACAAGCAUGUGCAACCGGUUAAAUUACCCUCGAGGAGCAGUAAGAUAUCGAGUUCCUCAGCUGUCUUCGCUGGAUGGGGACGAAAAAUGAUUGCAGGAACUUCCUCCAAUGCCCUCCAAGAAAUAUCAUUGAAAAUCAUCUCCAACGACUUCUGCAAUCUCUAUUUCGGUGGCAUCACAGAAAGACAUACCUGCACCUUCAAUAGGGCGGAUGAAGGAAUGUGUUUCGGGGAUUCUGGUAGUGCUCUAGUUGCUGAUGGAGUUCAAAUAGGUAUCGCUUCUUUCGUGAGACCGUGCGCCGUUGGAUACCCUGAUGUCUUCACCAGAGUGUCAAAGUAUGUCGACUGGAUUAAAGAAGUUCAGGAUAAAUACGCACUUAUAUUACCUGAUUGAUUGAAUCUACAAAAUAGGACUGACUUAAUUCGAUCUGGAUUUGUACAUUUCUCAUUGUUCUAUGUAAUGUAAUUGCAGUAGUGAGGAAAUAUUGAUAAUAAAAAAACA